AUGUCUGGUAGAAAGGUCAAGAGUUCUGUGGUUCAGGAUACCACAGCAACUUCUGAAGUUGAGAUUAAAGAAGGUCCAGUGAGACCAUAUAUCAUCGUUGAUAAAUCUGUCGACGUUGUUACCAAACGUACUCCUCAUACCUUAAAUGAAAAACUAUUAUUAGCUAUCUUAAUUGUUAUUGCCGUUUUCGUUAGAUUCCAUAAACUGGGCUGGCCAAAUAGUGUAGUAUACGAUGAAAACCAUUACGGUAAUUUGAUUACCAAAUACGCUAACAAUGAAUUUUUUUUGGAUGCUGAACCACCAAUGGUUAGACUACUAUACAACAUUGUUGCUAAGGCUAGUGGCUACGAAGGUAACUUCAAAUUCACUCAAGUUGGUGCUCUUUACACUUCAAAGAUUCCAUACAUUGUCUUAAGAUCAUUUGCCGCUACCUUAGGUCUAUUCACCAUUAUCCUAACUUACAGCACUUUACGUCUUUCUGGUGCUAAUAUUUAUGUAGCUUUUGCUACUUCCUUGGCAUUUAUCUUUGAAAAUGCUUUCGCUACUACUUCCCGUUUAAUCCUACCAGAUUCUCCAAUUAUUUUUUUCAUUGCUCUAGCUGUAUAUGCAUUCAAGAAAUCUGAAUUAUACACUGACGAAUCUUGUGCAUCUUACAAAUACAUUAUCAUUUCUGCAAUUGCUGCAGGUUGUGCUUCUUCCUCAAAAUGGGUUGGUCUAUGUACAAUCGUUUGGUUAGGCUUACUAUGUAUUUGGAGAUUUACCUUUAUGAUGGGUGAUUUGUCUAAACCUGUUUGCAUGUCCGUGAAACACACCGUGAUGAAGGGCGGUAUUUUAAUUAUUAUUCCAGUUGUUAUUUACUUACUUUCCUUUGCUGCUCAUAUCUCUUUGAUGACUAAAGUUUCUGAUGAUUCUGAAUUUAUUAUUCCUGAGUAUCAAUCAUCUUUGAUUGGUAACAAUGUUCCAAAGGACAUUAAAGUCGAAGUCGGUGUCGGCUCUUCAAUUUCUUUAAGACAUACAGGUACGACUGGAGGUUACUUACAUUCUCAUCAAUUGAAUUAUCCAAAGGGUUCAGAACAACAACAAAUCACUCUAUAUCCAUUCGUUGAUGAAUUGAAUGACUGGACCAUUGAAUUGUAUGACAAGCCAGGUGAGAUCCUUGUUGAUUUCCAAAACUUGACAGAUCGUACCAAGAUUAGAUUAUUGCACAAUUCCCACUGUAGAUUACAUUCCCAUGACCAUAAAGCUCCAGUCUCUGAAAAUGCUGACUGGCAAAAGGAAGUCUCCUGUUAUGGUUACGAUGGGUUUGAAGGUGAUCCAAAUGAUGAUUGGAUCAUUGAAAUUGAUAAGGAUGCCUCUACUCCAGGUGCUGCUCAAGAACGUGUAAGAGCCAUUGAAACCAAAUUCAGAUUGAGACACGCCAUGACUGGUUGUAUGUUAUUUUCUCAUAGCACUAAGUUACCAGAGUGGGGUGUUGACCAACAAGAAGUCACUUGUGCUUCUUCUGGUAUUGAUGAAUUAACUCUAUGGUACGUUGAAAGAAACGAAAACUUCUUACUAGCUGAAGAUGCUGAAUUAAUUUCUUAUCCAAAGCUAAGUUUCUUCCAAAAGUUCGUUGAAUUGCACAAGAAGAUGUUCUACAUGAUGAAGAAAUUAGAUUCUCCACAUCCUGCUAGUACUUCUGCUUUCAGCUGGCCAACAAUGUCUGGUGGUGUCGAUUACUGGAGCAACAAUCACAGAAAUGUAUACUUUUUAGGUAACGCUACCCUAUGGUGGUCCGUUUCUGCCUUCUUAGUUGUUUACGCUAUUUUUGCCAUUGUUCAAUUAUUAAGAUGGCAAGUUGGUAAGCCAAUCCUACAAACACCCGAAGUCGUUAGUUACCAUAUGGAGACUCUUGAAUUUUUGUUAGGUUACGCUGUUCAUUUCGUUCCAUUUAUUUUCUUCGGUAACAACUUGUUCAUUUCUGCUUACUUACCAGCUUACUAUUUCGGUAUUCUUUCAAUUGGUUUAACUCUAAACUCUUUGGUUACUAUUGUUUUCAAGACUAGAUCUCACAUCGGUUAUGUCAUCGUUGCACUAUUUGUCACCUCGAUUAUCUACUUUUUCAAUGAUCAUAAACCAUUAGUUUACGGUACUGAGUGGACUCGUGAUCUAUGUAAUAAGAGUGUUUGGAGUUCUAGUUGGGAUUAUCCAUGUAAGAACUAUUUCGGUAACUACCAAGAGUACAAAGCUUUUGAACUACCAGAACCAAGUCCUUUCACUCAAUUAGAAACCCACAUCUUCACGCAACCAAGAAACACCGCAUUAGAUCCAAUCGAGAGUGCUCAACCAGUUGCUGAACAACAACAACAGCAACAGCAACAAGAAGAACAGAUUGAUCCAAAUGCUCCAAGUCAAGAAAGAGUCGCUGAACAAGAGGCUAAAUUUGAUGAUAUCAUGAACCAACCAGGUCAAAAGGUAUUCAAGGAUGAAUUUGGUAACGUAUUGGAUCCAGAAGAAGUGAAGAAGAUCCUAGCUGAAUCAAACGCUGUCAUCAAGGAAAAACACAUCGUCAACUCUAAUUGA